GUCGACAGGACUGCAGCACCGGACAGAGUUAACGGUAACACCAACUGGAUACAUGUGAGAACCACUUCUUCUCAGUACACUUGCGAUACGGAGCGAUGCGGCGGCUGUACGUCGGUGGGUUGAGCCACUCGGUCACUGAGAAGGAUCUGAAGGAUCGAUUUGGAAAGUUUGGAGAGGUGCAGGAUGUGGAGCUCCGGACCAGGAGGGAUGAAGAGGGUGUUCCUUACAAAACCUUCGGCUACAUUAACAUCGACAUUUCAGAUGCUGACCUGAAGAAAUGUCUGACAGUGCUGAACAAAUCCAAAUGGAAAGGAGGAACUCUGCAGAUUGAAACAGCCAAGGAGAGUUUCUUGCACAGACUGGCUGAGGAGCGGCAAGCGGCGGAGCAGCUCCUCCAGCAGCCUGCAGCUGAGGACAAGAGACAGAAGCUGCUGGACUCCCUGAGCAAAGCCGGCGUGGAGAACUUCACUAUGAAGGCUGCAGUGCCGGGGACUGAAAUACCAGGACACAAGGACUGGGUGGUCAGUAAAUUCGGACGAGUCCUGCCCAUCCUGCAGCUCAGGUGUCAGAAAGGCAGCAGAGCUCGAACCCUGAAGUACGACCCGUCCAAAUACAGCCACAACAUCCGCAGGCUGGGCCUAGCUGCCGUGGAUCAGUCCACACCUGUCACCCAGCUCACCUGGGAGGUACAGGGAGGGGAUGAUGACAUCAGCAAAAAGAGGCGGGGAGAGUUCCCUCCGUAUGAGCCACCAAGACCCAAGAAGAGGCAGACAGACAUGAUCAACUCCCACAAUGCUGUGGGCAGAGCCAGAUUUGAACAGACUGUUCACUCUGUCGAUCACACUGAAGCUCAUCGGCUCACUAACGGAUUUGAAGCCAACCACAGACCGGCUCAGAGGAGCUGGGCACCUCUGGCUGACAGUGACGUCGAUUCAGACGAGGAAAUCCGCAGGCUGGUGGCAGCUCAGAACACCUCCUAUGGUGCACCUCGGCAGGAAGUGGAGGAGGAUAACCUGGAAGUGGUUGGACUCGACUUCUUGGUGAAGUCACGACGUUCACAUCAGCAGCAAAAAGGUAGUCCAGAUGACGAAGACGAGGAUGACUAUGAUUCAGCCGACACAGAUGAACUCUUUGCCUCUAGGAAACCUCCUCCUCCUCUGUCGCAGGAGAAACAGACUCUGCCCACUGCUGAUCACCUCUCAGGGACCAACACAGACAGGAAGAGAAAGAUGAAGAGGAAAGGUAAAGCUGCCGGAGAAGAAGAGGAGGAAGAGGAUGGUUCAGAAGAUGAUGAAGAACACCUCACAUCCAAGAAGCCUUCCCUCCCACAGCAGAGAGGAGACUCUAGUAAACAGAGUUGUCAGAAACAGGGCAGCAUCUCUGAGAACCAGAGUAAGAAGAUGGCAGCCACCCCUGCUGUGAAAGCCUCUUUCUCAGAGUCAGAUAGUGAUGAUGAGGAUGAAGCUGACGAGGAGCUAGAAUCAGCUGAUUCCUGUUCAGAUUCAGAUUAUGAAGCCAUGUUUUCUAAUGUCACCUGUCUGGAGAUCUCCCUGGUUGACCUACAGAGGCUAGCUGAAGAAUCCCAGCAGACCUCUGAAACCACAGCUCCCAGCAUCCUCAGCGCCAGCCCCGCAAAAGAAACGAAACCUAUAUCUGGCCCUGCAGAACGACCUACGCCCAAGAAAGGCACCAUGCCAGAAGAGAUCCUCGCCUCCAUCAUGGAGGACAACAGCAGCGAUGAUGACAAGAAGAAGAAAAAAAAGAAAAGUAAAGGCGUCGUGUCAACGCCGCUGCCUGCCUUCCAGGGGACGAAAACACUGAGCGAGGGAUCAGAAACAAAUGGCUGCCAGAAGAGACUGAAAGACAAGGAGAAGGAGGACGGAAGAGGAAGUGUUGUCAAAAAACAGAAGCUGGAUUCUGAACCUCCUCAAGCUGUCCACAAAACGGCUGACAGCAAAACCGUUAGGACUCUGAGCAAACAGAAACACACAGGAACAGAGAGGACGACGUCAGAGAGCAGUGAGGAGGAGGAGGAGGAAGAAGGAGAAGAAGAGGAGGAAGAAAAGAGGGAGGUUUCUGAAAUGGUUUCUAAUAAAGCUCCUGUAAACACUGAGAAAGCUGAGACUAGUUCCUCCUCUAGCAGUGAUGAUGAGGUGGAGGAAGAGGAGGAGAGAACAAAGGCCAGUCAGAGUGUUCUCACAGCUAAAGCUGCAGCAAAGUCUUUACCUUCAUCCUCCAGCUCCUCCUCUGAGGAAGACGAAGACGACCAAGAGGUUAUCUCUGCUGAAGAUGCUGAGAAGAAAAAGGCACGCCGCCCUGCUCCUCACACUGAGUCCUCCUCCAGCGAGGAGGAGGAGGAAGAGCAGGCUCCUUCCCGGGUGACUUUAAGAGCUGAGGAGGAAGAGGAGCGGCAGAGGAAGGCCAACAUGAGGAGACUGGCUGCCAUUCAGGAGAGACUGAAAGAGGCUGAAGAACACAAGAAGCUGAUCCAGGGAGCUCUAGCCAACCUGGACGCACAAACACCAGGAGCAGGGAAACACAUCGUCUUUGGCUCUGAUGAGGAGGAGGAGGAGGGUGAUGAUGAAGAUAAGCAGAAGACAACCUCAAAGAAGACCUUGUUCCAGGACAGCCAAUCAGAGGACGAGUCCUCAGGUGAUGAGCAAUCAGCCACAAUAAAAGAGAAGGUUUGUCUGAAGCCGUCGGGCCCUCAGCUGUUCAGGGGCAGUGAGGAUGAGGAGGAUGGGGAUGGAGAUGAGGAUGGCGGCAGGUUUGACAUCAGGCCUCAGUUUGAAGGUCGAGCAGGUCAGAAGCUCAUGGAGCUUCAGUCUCGCUUUGGGACAGACGAGCGUUUCCGGAUGGACUCUCGCUUCCUGGAAGAGGACAAGGACAAGGACCAAGAGUCAGAGAGGAAGACAAGCGUGACGGAGGAAGAUGAGGCUCUGGAGGAGGAGAAGAAGAAGAACCUGUCCAUCCUGCAGGGCGUCCUUGGCAGCAGCCAACAAACCUGCAGCAGCAAAACGGCCGGCAAAGCCAAGACCUUCAGAGACGUCUCAGCGCUGCACUAUGACCCCAGCAGAGAGGAACACGCUGCAUUUGAGACCAAAACAGACGAAACAAAGGAGAGCAAGUCAGCCAGGAGGAAGAAGAGGGAAGAGGCUCAGAAGCUUCCAGAAGUUUCUAAAGAGAUUUAUUACGACGUGUCUGGCGACCUGAAGGCUGUGUUUGGGCCGACGAAGGAGGACGACACCGAGGGAGAAGAGAAGACGAGCUGGGACCAAGAGGAGGAAGAGGAGGGAGGAGCGAAAGAUGAAGAGCCGACCGUGCUGUCAACUCUCAUCUCGACUGAGCCCGAUGCAAAGAAAGAGGAGAUGUCUGGAUUUAAAUUCUCCUUCUUUGGAGAUGACACAGAAACAGAAAGUAAAGAGACGGCAGAGUACAAGGUGGAGAGCAUCCAGGCUCCAAAGGUGUCAUGGCAACAGGACCCACGUUUCCAUGACAGCAGCUCAGAGGAGGAUGAGGAAGAGCAGGAGGAAGAUGUGGAGCAAAGCAGCGCUGCCGCUAAAACCACAGAAGAGGAGACUCCUUCAAAGACUGACCUCUUCUUCUUCUACCCUGAAGACAGCAGAUUGACAGAGGGUCCCAGGUCGUUCUGUCGUUCCUCUCAGCUGGAGGAGCAGAGGGAGCAGUGGGAGGAGAGGAGGAGCGCACUCAGACAGGAGUACCGCAAGAAACACAAAGAUGCCCGCAGGAAACUGAAGUCCUCCCUGAAGAGCUGAGGAUUAUGGGAUAUAAAGCCUGUGUUUCAGUUUUUUACCCUGGUCUGGACUCUACAGUCAGGGGCUGACAGACUGAUUUUAAACAGUCAGCAGGAGGGAGCCCAAACGGCAGCUGAGGACACAGACCUAAAGAGAAAGUUUGAGAUCAUCAGAAUAUCAGAUUUAUCUUUUAUUUUAGUAAAUCCUGACAGAUAUUUUGUGGUCAGAGCCUUCAUACUGAAGCAGACGCAUCUGGUUUUCUUGUUAUUUGCCGUGGAAAUGGUGCUGCAAUUGAACUGAAGGACAAUCAGCAGCAGCAGGUGAUCACAGCUACAGAGGACCAAGCCUGUUAGGAAAUAACAGCGAUAAAUAAAACGGUCAAAUGAAUAGAGAAAUAAGUGAAUUAAUAAUAAAAUUAAAUAAUAAAAAAAAUAAUAAUAAUGGGAAAGGUGUCCACAGUUUUCUCUUUUACUAGCAUUUUCUUGAUGCAUAGUCUUUUAUUUCUCUGUUUAUUUGGCCAUUCUAUUCAUUAUGGGUUUUUUUUUUUUUAAAUUAGGUUUGGUCCUCCAUACAUCACCUCCUAUUUCUUGGUUGGGAAAAGAGGGAUGUCAUGAGAGUAUCCUCAUUUGGUGACGACUCAUUUCAUAGUAAACUUUGUGUUUUACCUCAUGACAGUUGGUUUGAUGCGAAGCUUCACUUUGUCACUUUGUGCUGUAAAAUAAAGUGAAAUAAGAUUUUGUUUAUUUUGACACGAGGAAGCAUUCAGUUUGUGGCAGUACGCUCAGAGUCCAGCUUAUUAAGUCCACCUAGCUGAAACUAAUGUAGUCUACAAAUACAAUAAAUCCUACCUUCAUGAAGGUUAUAAUGUUUUGGAGGCUGCAGGGUGUACUUCUGUUGAGUUGCAGUUUUACAAUCAGUCUCUACUUGGGCUGAGGCAAAUUAUUAUUGUAUUAUAAGC